CAAUAUUUAUGUAUAUAAAUUUAUUUAAAGUGCAAUAAUAGAAAUUAAAUAAAAUUUGUGCCAUACCGGAUCGAGAAUUGUGACCUACAUAUAUACGGCUUAAAAUAUAAAAAAAAAAAUAAUAAAUUUUCAAAAUUAAUCGGAAUGAGUAGCAUCAUUGUUGUGGCCAACGAAACAGCGAGUACACCAGGCAGAACCAGUAAAACUAAAUUUGCAACAGCAGCUACACUAACAGCAACGAGUGCAACUUACAACGGCAAUGGUCACAUUGAUGACCGAUCUGAUGUAACUGAGCAAUUAUAUGUUGAUCCAAAUAUACAUUCUGAGUAUACCAAUGGGGAUUAUAUGUGCUGUCCAGCAUCACCAACAACAGUGCCAGCUAGAAGUAUAGCAGCAGAACAAACAGUACGUAUUAGGCCUAAACGUCAGCGUACUACGUCUAUAAAUAAUCAAACGACAACAGCAAAUCCAUCCGAAUGUAUUAUCCGUGCCAAUAAUCGCACUAUUUAUACUGCUGGUCGGCCGCCUUGGUACAACUGUGCCGGCCAGCAGGUGGAACCAUUUGUCAUUGGUAUAUGUGGUGGUAGUGCUUCUGGAAAGACUACAGUAGCGCAAAAGAUUAUCGAAAGCUUAGAUGUUCCUUGGGUAACGUUAUUAUCCAUGGACUGUUUUUAUAAGGUUUUAAAUCAUAAACAGCAUGAACUAGCUUUAGAGAAUGAAUACAACUUUGAUCAUCCUGAUGCGUUUGAUAUUGAUUUGCUGAUCACAGUACUGAAAAAAUUAAAAGAAGGACGUAAAGUGGAGGUACCAGUUUACAAUUUUGUUACACAUGGUAGAGAGUCGCAAACGAAAACUAUGUACGGUGCUAAUGUUAUUAUAUUUGAGGGUAUACUUACUUUUCAUAGUCAGGAAAUAUUAGAUUUACUGGAUAUGAAAAUAUUUGUGGAUACAGAUGCUGAUAUUCGGCUAGCUAGACGUUUAAAGAGAGAUAUAUCACAACGAGGACGUGAUUUGAAAGGCGUUCUCAAACAGUAUUUGACCAUGGUAAAACCAUCAUAUGCAAACUAUAUAGCACCAACCAUGGUACAUGCCGAUAUCAUAGUUCCUCGUGGUGGUGAAAAUAAAGUAGCAAUAUGUCUUAUAGUGCAACACGUUCACACACAACUGCAGUUGCGUGGUUUUAAACUUAGAGAGACUUUAGCAAAUUCCUAUAAAGAUCAACCAAUGCCUAAUUCAUUGCAUUUGAUAAGCCCAACACCACAAAUUAAGGGCUUACAUACAUUUAUACGUUGCAAAAACACAUCAAGGGAUGAGUUUAUAUUUUAUUCGAAAAGACUAAUACGCUUAGUCAUAGAAUACACACUAAGUCUAUUUCCUUUUAAGACCACAAUUGUGGAAACUCCGCAGGGAGUAUCAUAUGCUGGUCAACGGAUGUCCUCAAAAAAAAUUUGUGGUGUCUCAAUUUUGCGUGCCGGUGAAACCAUGGAACAAGCUAUAUGCGAUGUAUGUAAAGACAUACGUAUUGGCAAAAUUUUAAUACAAACAAAUCAAGUCACUGGCGAACCAGAAUUGUAUUAUCUGCGCUUACCUAAAGAUAUCAAAGACUAUAAAGUAAUACUAAUGGAUGCUACUGUAGCGACUGGUGCGGCUGCUAUGAUGGCUAUAAGAGUAUUGCUAGAUCAUGAUGUUCCCGAAGAAAAUAUUAUCCUCGCUUCUCUUUUAAUGGCCGAAAUAGGAGUACAUUCAAUUGCAUACGCUUUUCCACAGGUAAAAAUUGUAACUUCGGCUUUGGAUCCGGAGAUAAAUGACAAAUUUUAUGUGAUACCUGGUAUUGGCAAUUUCGGAGAUCGGUAUUUCGGUACUGAACCUUCUGAGGAUUAUUUUUAAUUUAAUGAAUGUGAAAUUAUUUAAUAAAUGUUUUAGUGUAAUUAAGUUAAAUAUACCAACGACUAUGUGAGUUUAUGCCUAUUAUUUUAAAAUAUA